AUGACCUCCCAUUCAAGACUCUAUCUCUUCGACUCUUCGACCAAACUUCCGGUCGAGAUCAUCAACCGAGUCAUCACAAUAAUCGCCGACAAGAAUGAUACAACCACCCUUACCGUCUGUCAGAGGGUUAAUAAAGCGAUGUACGCCAGAAUCACACCUUUGCUCUAUACCAAUAUUGUUAUCGACAGCAAGCGGAAAUAUAUGAAACUCUUCUCUCCUCUAUCCGCUCUUUUGUCUUCGGAUGAUAUCGCGAAGUCUGUCCCGGUCGUCAAGCAGGAGGGACGAGCAAGUGAGAACCUUAACACUGGUGGGGUAGAUGUUACAGUAGCCAACACGACUGAUACCAACCUAUCUCCCCCUGUAUUCCGACUUUGCGAUGAUAGUAAAAGUAGUGCCAUUCUUCCUCCGGAUGGAUCUAUCAAAGAAAUCAACUGUCAUGUAUCGGAUCCAAUGAAAUCAAUCAAACCCGUCGACCGAGAUACUAAGGUAAUGGAUUUCACAUUCGUGUCUACAGCACAAGCAAGAAUCCGUCUUGCAUUUGCUCUCAUCACACAUUUAAGUUUAAAUUUGAUUCUGGCGACGGAAUAUGACGCUGGGUUCAAACGAGUUGAUAAAAUUAUCGGACAAAUCAAAUUUGAGUUAUUCCCCAAUGCCGACACUAUGUGUUUCACACAAGGAGAUCCCAAAAUUGAAAACCGUCGGAAAUCUUCGAAGAAACGUCGAAUUUCCACACCCCUGCAUAAUCAUCUAGGAAUAUCCUGCCCAUUGUUCAUCGCUAAAUUCACGGCUAAACAUUAUUGUCUCGAUCGUUCAGGAUUAUCAAGCUUCAACAUGAUUUUACAAUGUUUACUUUCUCGUCUUACAAAACCAGAAACGUUAACAAUACAUUCACCUCGUCCAUCGGAUGUUUGA